UUUGUAGUUCGAAUUUUAGUGACGUCAUGUGAAAACCAACAAUAGCGAUUAAAGAGUAAAUACCAGUCUCUAUCGGAGUAUUUGCCUGGGCUUAGUUGUUCAAAGGAUAGAUAUUGUGGAUAACGUCAUCCUCGCUAGCCAAUAUCCGUAAGUGUUAAGAAUAGAAACCACGCUAUCUACUGGAUAGUGAUUUAUCCGGUAGAUAGCGUUAUCGAUCCCCGGAGCCAGAUGCUUUAGGAGUGGUUUAGGACAAGCCGUUCUGGUAAUUCGGAAGUCCCGGGUUAAUCCCCCACCCUUUCACCAGAUGGCUUGUUCUCAUUAGUCCGUAGUUCAGUUCUCUACCCUGCGUAACAGGUGUAAAAGGUGACCGGGUGUACCGUAGGAGUGUAUCGAAGGGGAAGCACACGCAAAAGGAACGGGAAAGGGAGGCUUUCUUUCCCCUAAUAUCCAGUCACAAUCUGCCCCUUCCCUCUCCGUCGCGCUUUGCAAGUACCUAGUUGCUAGCCUUUUCUACAUCGCUCCUGCCAGUUGGCAUUUUUAGUCAUUUUACCUGAUUAUGUUCAUUUCUAAUGUUUGUUUCAUCCUCUGGAAACUCGAAGUGCAUGAACGCAUGCAUUUAAUUUUAUACUUUACUUGGAAAUUAUUUCCCGGUUAGAGUCUAGGUUAAAUCAACUUUUAACUGUUGUACGAAUAGAUACGAAACUGUAAACAAGAGACAACGAAAUGAAUCGAGAUAUCAAUUGUCAAGACCGAGCCGCGAUGUCCCAUGAUGAACGGGACAAAAGAUAUCAGUUCCAUUAUUAGCGACUAAAGAACACUUAGAAGAAGGUCGUUAUGAUGGGUAGAUAACUUCCGUGCCCACUGAAGUCUUGAGUUGGUCGAGCCUGCAAAAGUCCGGCGUUCAACAUAUACGACAUAUACCUAUCUGUGGUGAAUGAAUAUGCUACUCAAUAAGAAAACAGAGCACCUUUAUUUGUCUCUAUGACCGAUGAGUUUCCAAGAAUCAGACAAUGGCAUUCAAAUUCAUAACGUCAUCCCACCAUCUGCUUGUCAAUAGCAACCUUGAUCAAGCAAAUAGACUGAUUCGGCGAAAGGUUUCUAGGUGGCCGCUUCGAGGUUUCGUUGUUUGGGAAAACAGACUGUCUAAGCACGAUGGAGCAAAGCAAGCUUUCAAAACAAGCCGAGCAGCUUAAGGCUAUGAUCCAAGACUGGAUUCCAAAACGGAAAGCAAGCGUACAUACUCUGCGAGUCUUAGCAGAUAAACUAAUGGAGCAUCACAAUAAUGUGUGUAUCGCAAAGGUGGCAGGAAGUUCUGCCGCGGUUGCCGGAUUUGCUCUUGCAGCAGUUGGCUUUGGCCUUUCUUUUGCAACGUUUGGGGCCUCUCUUAUACUCAGUGCGGUUGGUUUGGGUGUGGGGGCUGCUGGAGGAGUAACAAAUGCUGGAUCUAUGAUCGCAGAAGCUUCCAUUCAGAAAGAUACUUUCACCACCGCUCAGAAAAUCAUCAACGACGACCGAGAAGCUACGAAAGCGAUUGAAAAGCUCUUAGCAGAAUUCGGAACAGAAGCGCAGAAAAGCAGAGUAGGAAAUGGAUUAAAGGCGGGUAUUUCCAGUACUUUUAUUCUGAAGAACUUCGUGGAAACUGGCUUGAGAUUUGGAAGCAGGAUCGCCGGCACGGCUGCCGGCGAAGGGGGUGAAGCUCUAUUUCGAGGUCUCAGUGUAGCAGGCAGAGUCGCUCACAUUGGCGGCUUCGCAUUCAGCGCUAUUCUCCUACCAGUCGACUUGUACACUUUGGUAACUAACUCGAUCGAAGUCGAUGCAGCUCGGAAAGGCAAGAAGGAUAAAGAACCAAAAGCAGUGAAGAAGCUGAGAGAGCUGGCGGAUGAAUUGGAAAAGAACAUGCCCAAUGAGAAGGAUUUUGCUCGAGAACUAGAUUCCUUCAUUUCAAAGGCAUUUUCCACUCAGUAAAUCGAAAUACAUAGAUGUAAUGCCGUUAAAAUCAUAAACUUAGAGGAAAUCAUUAUUCCAUUCUCGAGACAAAUAUUGCUUCACGAACAUAACAAUCAGAAUUUGCGUUCUUUAGAUCUUGUAAUCGAGCGAUAUAAUGUAGGAACAGACUUCUGGGUUUUAACGACGGGAUCAUCUCGAGGCUUAGAGCUGUAUGAUUAAUUACAGAACAGUAUGGAUGAAUAAAUCCAUAUAGUCUUCAUACACUGAAAGAAUAUUGUAUAGUAUACAAUAUUCUUGUCGUAUUACAGAAGCACUGUAGACCAGACUAAUCUCAUAAACCGUGAUCGCAUAACAUCAUGUCGGUAGUGUUUUGUGAACUAAAUCGCCAUGGUUUCUAGUGCUUUUCGGGAAACUCGGUCAUCUAAACGUAUUACAGAGGGUGGUGACUUCAAUCGUGGUUAAUCAGAAGUCUUUCUGAGACUCACACAAAAUACAACCAAGUCAAAAACUCUCAGCGACAAACUAUGUAUUAUUAGGCGUAAAUACCUAGCUGUUAUUGAAAUACAAUGGCAGCACAAAAUACAAUUUUUUUUUUCGAUUUUUAACCCAUUGAAGCACGUUUAUCGAGGCAGGGUAUACUUUCAUACAUUGCUUUCAAGGUUAAGACCCUAUCUAGUUCCUCAAAAUGCACACCUAUAUUCGGAAGCAGUGUGUUUUUUUUUUUUUCCUGAAAAAGUAAUAUUGAGGGUGACUAUAGAUUUACUAGAAACCUUGACUUGAGUCGGACACUUUAUAGCAUAGGCUACCAGGCUUUCUUAAACCGUACAGGAUCAGUUUCGUCUCGAUGAGGCAACGAAGACGUUGAGAAAACACUUUGCAUGCUACGGAAAACAGUUGGAAUUUCCCAAGAUUUUGCUUACGCUGGAAGACAAAAUAUCUUGCUAUUACGCUCGAUAGACAUAACUAUCACAGUGCCGCAUAAUCAUUAUGCGAAGUAUGGGAAAGUAUGGGAAGGCGUCUCACCUCUAGCUUGACAACGCAAAAAUACAGACGGCUAUAGAGGACUCUAAAAUAAAAGUGAUUUAUACCCUGUGUCAUGAUUUCCGAGAAAUAGAGGCGGCUCCAGACAAGUUGUAACCUGAUCGAGUAAAUCUACUUAGCUAGAAAUCAAGAAAGCAUGAAAGUUCAUCAUCCCUUC